AUGAUUACAAUCACAACUGACGAAAUAUUGCAAUUUGCACCAUCACAGUACAAAAGCUUCAUAGCUACACCAUGUAUUCAUCAAAAAAUAUACAAUUCACUAAUAACAACUUCUACAUCGAAUCUACAAGAGGAAAAGACAUCAACAGAAAUAAACGUCGAUGAGCUUAUCAUUGAUACUGAAAAUUUGCCUCAGGUAGAUAAAGAAAGAGAAGAUGUAUACCAACUGGAUGAAGUGAAGCGGUACCUUGAAUCGCAAAUGGUUCAUCGAUUGAAAUUUCUAAAGGAAGUUAAGGAGAGAGGGUUGGCUUUUAAAGGUUUUCGUAGCAAUGAGAAAGGAGGCAACCUGUCGGGGAAUCUGCUGGAGUUGAAUAAAUUUAUGAAUUAUUGA